GAGCUCUCGGCCGCCGACCGAGGCGCCAGGGAGUGACUCAGCGCGGGGAGGGUGGCGACUCGCUGAUACUGAAGAUUCGAACUGCUCAGAGUCUAAAAUGCGGAGAUGACUGGGGACACCAAGAUGCCUGGCGAACCACAGACGGAGGAGAAGGAAGAGAUGCAAGAGGAAAUGGUGCUGCUGGUGAAGGGUGAGGAGGAUGAGGGUGAGGAGAAGUAUGAAGUGGUGAAACUCAAGAUCCCUAUGGACAACAAGGAGGUACCAAUCGAGGCGCCAGCACCGUCUGCUGACCCAGGGCGCCCACAUGCUUGUCCAGACUGCGGCCGUGCUUUUGCACGCCGCUCCACGUUAGCCAAGCAUUCGCGCACACACACGGGCGAGCGACCCUUCGCAUGCACCGAGUGUGGCCGGGGAUUUUCUCAGAAGUCGGCUCUGACCAAACACGGCCGCACACACACAGGCGAGCGGCCGUUCACAUGCACUGAAUGCGGCCAGCGCUUCUCACAGAAGUCAGCACUGACUAAACACAUACGCACGCACACCGGCGAGCGGCCCUACAAGUGCCCCGAGUGCGACAAGCGCUUCUCGGCUGCCUCGAACCUGCAGCAGCACCGGCGUCGCCACACAGGCGAGAAGCCUUAUUUGUGCACGCACUGCGGUCGCCGUUUCGCGCAGAGCUCCAACUACGCACAGCACCUGCGCGUGCACACAGGCGAGAAGCCGUACGCUUGCCCGGACUGCGGACGUGCUUUCGGUGGCAGUUCGUGCCUGGCGCGCCACCGACGCACGCACACAGGCGAGCGGCCAUACGCAUGUGCUGACUGUGGUACGCGCUUCGCGCAGAGCUCUGCGCUGGCCAAGCACCGGCGUGUGCACACUGGAGAGAAGCCGCACCGUUGUGCCGUGUGCGGACGCCGUUUUGGCCACCGCUCUAACCUGGCGGAGCAUGCUCGCACGCACACAGGCGAGCGGCCCUACCCCUGUGGUGAAUGCGGCCAGCGCUUCCGCCUCAGUUCACACUUUAUCCGGCACCGUCGCGCGCACAUGCGGCGCCGCCUCUACAUCUGUGCUGGCUGUGGCCGAGACUUCAAGCUACCCCCGGGAGCUACAGCCACCACUGCCUCGGAACGCUGCCCAGAGUGUGAGGGUAGCUGAGUGCAGAUCUUGUUGGUAUGGGUUGCAGCUAGGGAGGGGCCAGGGCCCAACUCCUAGGUGUUGAAUUGACAUGGGCAAUGACUCCAAGUCUCUGGUCUAGGAAAGGGCGUGAUGGCAGGCGGGCUUGGGCCUGUGACACUGGUGAAUCUGCUGUCAGACCCCUGGAAACGUUGCCCAGUCCUUGUCAUUACAAAUUCUCAGCCCGUGUAAGUAAAUAAAGUAUUAUAUCCUCAA